GGAGGCAUUUUCACCUGUCUCCUGCUCUCCCUCUACCUCAGUUCUUCAGUACAGGACUCUAUGCUAAAGAGCUGAUUGACAGUUGUUGCAGAUAAAAAAGAAAAACGCCAACACGAAAAUAAGGGAUAGACUAUAAUUCUGGUUUGAAAAGUCAUUGCGACGAUUUAUGAUAUUGUAGAAGGAAAUCAUGGAUGAAGCCACUAUUAAACUCAAACAGAAUGUUCCUUAUUCUUACGAUUUUCUUCAAGUUCAUGUUGAAGUGCUUCAAAAAUCAAACAGUUCUGUAAAGAGUGAGGAUGUACAAAGUCAUGUCAUAGAAUUGUUAAACAGACAAACCAUUGUUUUUGGUGAUUAUACCUGGACAGAAUUUGAUGACUCCUUUUUAACAAGAAAUGUAAUUUCUGUGGCUAUUGUUGAUACAGAGUUGAAAUUUAAAGGCCGACAGCCCAUUGAUCUAAGAAAGUGCAAUUUGCUUGUGAGUGUUUUUCAUUUAAGCGAACAUGGCCCAAAUGCAGAAAAUCUAGAAGAGGAAAAUGACGGUCUUGUAGCUGCUAACAAUUGGCACCUUCCUUCAGCGGAUUUUCAUGGUCUUUGGGAAAGUUUAAUAUACGAUGGUGACAUCAAAUCCAAUCUUUUAGACUAUGUUACAACAACACUGCUGUUUUCCGACAAAAAUGUUGAUAGCAAUUUGAUUUCCUGGAACAGAGUUGUACUCUUGCAUGGUCCUCCUGGAACUGGUAAAACUUCAUUGUGUAAAGCACUAGCACAGAAACUGACAAUCAGACUAUCACAUAGGUACAAAUAUGGUCAACUGAUUGAGAUAAACAGCCACAGCCUUUUCUCCAAGUGGUUUUCUGAGAGUGGAAAGCUAGUAACAAAGAUGUUCCAGAAGAUUCAUGAACUGAUCUUUGACCAAGAAUCUCUUGUGUUUGUGUUGAUUGAUGAGGUUGAAAGUCUUACUGCAGCAAGGAAGGCUUCUCAAGCAGGAACGGAACCAUCUGAUGCCAUUCGAGUAGUAAAUGCGGUGUUAACUCAAAUAGAUUGGAUAAAAAGGUACACCAAUGUAGUUAUCUUGACAACGUCAAAUAUUACUGAAAAAAUAGAUGUGGCAUUUGUGGAUAGAGCUGAUCUAAAGUUAUACAUUGGAGUACCUUCUUCUCCUGCUAUAUUUAACAUUUACAUGAGCUGUUUAGAAGAACUUAUGAAGUGUCAGAUAAUAUAUCCAAGACAACAGCUACUAACUUUACGAGAUCUAGAAAUGAUUGACUAUGCUGACAAUAAUGUAUCAAAACUAAGUCUUUUAUUGAAUGACAUUUCCAGGAAAAGUGAGGGGCUCAGCGGAAGAGUUCUUAGAAAGCUACCUUUUCUGGCACAUGCACUUUAUAUUCAAUCUCCUACAGUUACCAUUGAGAAGUUCCUCGAGGCUCUUUCCCUGACAGUGUCAAAACAGUUUGAAGAAAGAAGAAAGCUUUCUGAGCAUUCCUAAUUCUAUUUAGGAGAAUUGUGUAAUUUCAAGGAUUUUCUUUUCUUUCUUGUAAAACCAAAAUGUUUAUCCAUUCUAAUUUCAAUGUUAACAGAAAAAAUAAAGUUGAUACUGUAUUUGUGGGGAAAAAAAGGGACAGAUCCGCGUUAAUAGAGCAGGCCUAGUAUGUACAUCAUGCCCCUACAGC